CGGCGAGAUAAGAUCUUGACUACUUCUUACGUCGAGAUCAUCUUUCGAAGCCUUAAAUCAAAUGAUACCGCCUCGUUUCUUGCAUGUCUUGUUUCUAGAAUUUUUUUGGCCCCGAGUUCCUAAGUAUCAGCCAAUCCAGCACAACAUCAGCCACAGAUCACACGGGUGACGCGGUCUGAAUAUGGCAAGUAUCAACGUCCUCAAAUAUGGUGUAUCUUCUCCGGCAGACCUAUCGCCGAUGAAAGAACUAAGAGCGGCCGGAUAUGAAUCAAAAGAUAUUUUGGCGGUGAUAGGGAAGUCCGAAGGAAACGGCUGUGUCAAUGAUUUCUCCCGAACGCUCAGUACACAUGUCUGGGAGCCACAAAUCCCGGAAUCAGCAGUCACUAUAUUUUCCGGGGGCACAGAAGGUGUACUUUCACCUCAUGUGACAUUUAUUAUGCGAGACCCAAAGCCUACGGGCCUUCUUGCGGCCGUUGGAAAGACAAGAGUGUUGGAACCCCACGAGAUAGGAACUACGGAACAUGCAUUGCAGGUUGCUUCUUCCGUACGGUCCCUCAUGGAUCAAUCCGCCAUCCGAAAGGAGCAUGUUCACCUUGUCCUAAACAAAUGCCCACUCCUGACAUCUGCAAAAGUGGAGGUAAUCAAGGCUGCAUCCAAGACUCCUGUCACGACAGACACAUACGAGUCAAUGGCGAAAUCACGCUAUGCUUCUGCUAUCGGUAUAGCUAUUGCUCUCGAAGAGAUCGAGGAAACUCAGCUCCAUGAGGCAAUGCGGGAUGAGAACAGAUGGAGCAGCAAAGCCAGUUGUAGUUCUGGAGCGGAGCUCGAAGAUUGCCAUAUUCUUAUAAUAGCAUCCAACCCCUCCCUUGGGAACCUUCGGGCAGCUUCGGCUUUUAUGGCAGACGCCAUCGAUGCAAGGACAAUUAUCAAAAUUUUGGAUCAGAUCAAGACCGAGGGCGGUCAUGUCCUACAAGUAUUCGCCAAGGCGGAAGCAGACCCGACUGGUAAUAUACGCCAGAAGAGACAUACGAUGAAUACCGACAGCGACCUUCACAGCACACGGCACGCACGAGCGGCCGUUGGAGGCCUGAUAGCGGGGUUGACUGGGGACACACAGAUCUAUGUUUCUGGCGGGGCUGAAGAUGUUUAUCAGGUUCACGGUAAUCAGCAACCGCUCUUUGCUUUGUUAUCUUUCGUUUGUUGAUCCCUUUUCAAGCUUCGCGAUUCUCAAAAAGCCAAGUCGGAUUUUCACCUCGGGUUGGAUGAUUCGCGAUCUAAUGUUUUCAUGUCACGACAAUAGCCUGCCGACUCCGCAUGUGGCUAAAAUAUAUAUUAAAUGAAAACCUCAACGUUCCGGACCUGGAAUCCAACGAAUUUUCUAUUUUAAGACAGAACCUUAUGUUUAUCCAUUUUUUGGCGUUCAGUUAUUGAUUUUCAUAUAUGUUAAUUUG